ACCCACCCGCUCAUCAAGCUACUCUUCCUGCCCCGCCGCAGCCGGUGCGCGCCCGGGUUCGGGGGCACAGGUUGGGGUGGGCUCCGCUGUUGCUUCGGGACGGGGUCGGGAGAUUAACAUCGCCGCGGGGCGAGCGGGAGUGGGCGGGGGGGGCGCUUCUCCUCCCCACCCCCCCCCCCCCCGCCGCCAUCCGGCUUGGGCCUACCCUCCCUGGGACCGCCGCCUAUCCGGCCCCGUGAGGCCCCCUCCCAGGGCCAGUUAAGGCGCAAACAACCUGGGAUGAGCAAUGCUUAACUCCAAGUGGUGUGAAAUGGGGGCAAUUCCUUCAACUGGCGACUGCGGGGAGCUUCUUCCAGACGCCUCCCAUCGGGUCAGAGGAGCUGGUCUAGGGGGCCCAAAGUCCGACGCCCCCAGGGCUGUAGUCGCGGGUGAGCCUCUCCUCCUUCCCGGAAUGGAGGGUCGGGAGCUCCUACAGAGGUCGGGAGGCGAAAAACAGUUCGUCAUUCCGGUGAUGAGGCCCACACCCCACUGGCCCGGUGCAAGUUCUUCAGCCUGACGGAGACCCCAGAGGAUUACACGCUCAUGGUGGACGAGGAGGGCUUCAAAGAGCUACCCCCAUCUGAGUUCCUUCAAGUGGCUGAGGCCACAUGGCUGGUGCUGAACGUGUCAUCCCACAGCGGUGCAGCUGUGCAGGCUGCUGGGGUCACCAAAAUUGCCCGUUCAGUCAUUGCGCCAUUGGCGGAGCACCAUGUGUCUGUGCUGAUGCUGUCCACUUACCAGACGGACUUCAUCCUGGUGCGGGAACAGGACCUGUCCGUGGUGAUCCACACGCUCUCCCAGGAGUUCGACAUUUACCGAGAAGUGGGCGGGGAGCCUGUGCCUGUUGCCAGGGAUGAUUCCAGCAAUGGUUUUCCCCGUUCUCAGCAUGGGCCUAGCCCCACCGUGCAUCCCAUCCAGAGCCCACAGAACCGCUUCUGUGUCCUCACACUGGACCCUGAGACGUUGCCAGCCAUCGCUACCACGCUCAUCGAUGUCCUCUUCUACUCAUACAGCGCCCCCAAGGAAGCAGCCUCUGGUGGUACUGGACCCAGCUCCAUUACAUUCUUUGCCUUCUCCCUCAUUGAGGGCUACAUCUCCAUCGUCAUGGACGCUGAGACGCAGAAAAAGUUCCCCAGUGACCUCCUGCUGACCAGCUCCUCAGGAGAGCUGUGGAGAAUGGUGCGCAUCGGUGGACAGCCCCUGGGCUUUGAUGAGUGUGGGAUCGUGGCCCAGAUCGCAGGCCCCCUGGCUGCGGCCGACAUCUCUGCCUACUACAUCAGCACCUUCAACUUUGACCAUGCCCUGGUGCCUGAGGAUGGCAUCGGGAGUGUCAUUGAGGUCCUCCAGCGACGGCAGGAUGGCCAGGGCUCCUGAGGCCUCCACGCUCUCCCUUCACCCCAGGCUUCCAGAGACUUCUCUAAGCUAUUUCCUCAAGCUCUGGGAUGAGCCCUCCCCACCCCCAUUCCUGCCGGGGGACCCCCUUCUUCUGCUCUCUGUACAUAAACUGCGUGCAGGCACCGGCUCUCACGUGGACACGCGUGUCUACCCACGCAGGGGAACACGGUGCUCUGGGCUUCCUCCGGGAACCCCUCACCCCAUCACUCCCUGCGCGGCCUCAGCGUUUGCACAUUCCCUGCCUGAGGUCCGAGCCAUCCCCCCUCUCAGCGCCCCGGGCCAGCUGCUCCCCGGACAGGGCCCUGAUUUCCGUUCUGCCUCUGGCUGGGUUGCCUUCCCUGGCCAGGUGAUUCUGACAGUGCCUGCCCCUCUGGGGGGCCUCUGAGAAAAGUAUUUUUACAUCUUUCUCCAUUUUUUAUUGACUUGUUAAUAAAGGGCUUGUAGUUA